GUGGCGAGCCCUCCGCCGCCCCGUAGAAAUUUAUGCGGUCCGGAGCCGUUUGCUUCCUGUUUGUUGGAGGAGACAUGGCGGCGGCGGCGGCGGCAGGGGUCUGCCGAGGGAGACGAUCGGUAGCAACAGUGGCAGCGUGGGGCGGGUGGGGCGGCCGGCCGCGGCCGGGGAACAUUCUGCUGCAGCUGCGGCAGGGCCAGCUGACCGGCCGGGGCCUGAUCCGUGCAGUGCAGUUCACUGAAGCUUUUUUGACAGAACGGGACAAGCAGUCCAAAUGGAGUGGAAUUCCUCAGUUGCUCCUUAAGCUGUAUGCCACCAGCCACCUCCACAGUGACUUCAUUGAGUGUCAAAACAUUCUCAAGGAAAUUUCUCCUCUUCUUUCCAUGGAGGCUAUGGCAUUUGUUACUGAAGAUAGGAAACUAACUCAAGAAACUACUUACCCAAAUACAUAUAUUUUUGAUUUGUUUGGAGGUGUUGAUCUCCUUGUAGAAAUUCUUAUGAGGCCUACAAUCUCUAUCCGGGGACAGAAACUAAAAAUAAGCGAUGAAAUGUCCAAGGACUGCUUGAGUAUCCUGUAUAACACCUGUGUCUGUACGGAAGGAGUUACAAAGCGUUUGGCAGAAAAGAAUGAUUUUGUGAUCUUCCUGUUUACACUGAUGACGAGUAAGAAGACGUUUUUGCAAACUGCAACGCUCAUUGAAGAUAUUUUGGGUGUUAAAAAGGAAAUGAUCCGACUAGACGAAGUGCCCAAUCUGAGUUCCUUAGUAUCCAAUUUUGACCAGCAACAGCUUGCUAAUUUCUGCCGGAUUCUGGCUGUCACCAUUUCAGAGAUGGACACAGGAAAUGAUGACAAGCACACACUUCUUGCAAAAAAUGCUCAGCAGAAGAAGAGCUUGAGCUUGGGGCCUUCUGCAGCUGAAAUCAACCAAGCGGCCCUUCUCAGCAUCCCCGGCUUUGUGGAACGGCUUUGCAAGCUGGCGACUCGGAAGGUGUCAGAGUCAGCGGGCACAGCCAGCUUCCUGCAGGAGCUAGAGGAGUGGUACACGUGGUUAGACAAUGCUCUGGUUCUCGACGCCCUGAUGCGAGUGGCAAAUGAGGAGUCUGAGCACAAUCAAGCCUCCACUGUGUUCCCUCCUCCAGGCACUUCUGAGGAGAAUGGGUUGCCUCACACUUCCGCCAGGACCCAGCUGCCCCAGUCCAUGAAGAUUAUGCACGAGAUCAUGUACAAACUGGAAGUACUCUAUGUCCUCUGUGUGCUGCUGAUGGGCCGGCAACGAAACCAGGUUCAUAGAAUGAUUGCAGAGUUUAAGCUGAUCCCUGGACUCAAUAACUUAUUUGACAAGCUGAUUUGGAGAAAACAUUCAGCUUCUGCUCUCGUCCUCCAUGGUCACAACCAAAACUGUGACUGUAGCCCGGACAUCACCUUGAAGAUCCAGUUUCUGAGGCUUCUUCAGAGUUUCAGUGACCACCACGAGAACAAGUACCUGCUCCUUAACAAUCAGGAGCUGAAUGAACUCAGUGCCAUCUCCCUCAAGGCCAACAUCCCUGAAGUGGAAGCCGUCCUCAACACUGACAGGAGUUUGGUGUGUGAUGGGAAGAGGGGUUUAUUAACACGUCUGCUGCAGGUCAUGAAGAAGGAGCCAGCUGAGUCAUCGUUCAGGUUUUGGCAAGCCCGGGCUGUGGAGAGUUUCCUCCGAGGGACCACUUCCUAUGCGGACCAGAUGUUCCUGCUGAAGCGAGGCCUCCUGGAGCACAUCCUGUACUGCAUUGUGGACAGUGAGUGCAAGUCGAGGGAUGUGCUACAGAGCUACUUUGACCUUCUGGGAGAACUGAUGAAGUUCAACGUUGAUGCAUUCAAGAGAUUCAAUAAAUACAUCAACACUGAUGCAAAGUUCCAGGUUUUCCUAAAGCAGAUCAACAGCUCCCUUGUGGACUCCAACAUGCUUGUGCGCUGUGUCACUCUGUCACUGGACCGAUUUGAAAACCAGGUAGACAUGAAAGUGGCCGAGGUCCUGUCUGAGUGCCGCCUGCUCGCCUACAUAUCCCAGGUGCCCACGCAGAUGUCCUUCCUCUUCCGUCUCAUCAAUAUCAUCCACGUGCAGACCCUGACCCAGGAGAAUGUCAGCUGCCUCAACACCAGCUUGGUGAUCCUUAUGCUGGCCCGACGGAAAGAGAGGCUGCCCUUGUACCUGCGCCUGCUGCAACGGAUGGAACAUAGCAAAAAGUAUCCUGGCUUCCUGCUCAACAACUUCCACAACCUACUGCGCUUCUGGCAGCAGCAUUACCUGCACAAAGAUAAGGACAGCACCUGCCUGGAGAAUAGCUCCUGUAUCAGCUUCUCAUACUGGAAGGAGACAGUGUCCAUCCUAUUGAACCCAGACCGCCAAUCACCUUCUGCCCUCGUGAGCUACAUUGAAGAGCCCUACAUGGACAUAGACAGGGACUUCACCGAGGAGUGACCGGGAGCAUGGCCUUGGGAGGCUGCUGGGCCUGGGCCAGUGCAGGUGCAUGUGGGUGCCCAUGCCACACGCCCUGCCCAUUCCCGUCCCUCCCUGCCUCCGCAUCAAUGCCCACCUGUCCCAGGUCUGACAUACAGGCGUAGCGGUGGGAGGGAGCAUCCUGCAGGCCUGUGGCCCUCGGUCUGGGGGAGCCUCAAGAUCAGGACAGGGGCGCCUUGCUCAUCCCUCGAACCCAGGGGCCCUGCUGGACGGCCCAGAGGAAGAAGACUUAGGACAAUAGCUCUGUCUGAGUUCUUGCCCGGUCUCAUGGCUGUCCUGGGGUGACAAGGGAGAUAGGGGCCCCCUCUGUGUGCAGAGCCUCUGGGCCUAGGCAGAGGUUCUGAGCCUUGGGCAGGCCUGGGGGUACAGAGAAUGCCACCUUCCCCCAGGCCCGCCUGUCUGUUGUCCCCUCCCUCCUUCGUCUUCCUUUAGCCCCCCUGGUUCUGUUUGCUCAUUGGCCACCGUGUUCAUCUUGGGGAACCUGGUCUCCCCAUCCCUUGGGGUAUGAGGUGGCUGUGCCUGUCCCGCCCCGGGGCAGCAUCUCCUGCCUGAGCCCGAACACAGAAGUCUGGCUGGGAGUUCAUCCUUGGCCCUUCCUGUGUUGCCAAUUUAUUAACAGCAAAUAAACCAAUUAAACGGAGACUAUUAAAGAACUUUAUUUUAAAUGA